UCUCACCUCAAGCUUCCAGCUUCCCUCUCAUACGAUUGCUACAGUACCAGUAAGGCAGCAGCAGUAAAGAGAGAGAGAGAGUGUGAGAGAGAGAAGCCAUGCUGACUUCGCUGAGGUACCUGGCCGGCGCGGCGGGGCCGAGCGGCUUCAGCUCGCGCACCACCGCAGAGGAGGCCACCGCCGACUGCGCCGACCUCCACCACAUCACCGCCAUCAUCACCGGCGCGACGUCGGGGAUCGGGGCGGAGACGGCGCGGGUGCUGGCGAAGCGCGGCGCGCGGCUGGUGCUGCCCGCGCGGAGCCUCAAGGCCGCGGAGGAGGCCCGGGCGCGGCUGCGCGCCGAGUGCCCGGGCGCCGACGUCGUCGUGCUGCCGCUGGACCUCAGCUCGCUCGCCUCCGUGCGCCGCUUCGUCGCGCGCUUCCUCGCGCUCGGCCUCCCGCUCAACCUCCUGGUCAACAACGCCGGCAAGUACGCCGACCGCUUCGCCGUGUCCGAGGACGGCGUCGAGAUGACCUUCGCCACCAACUACUUAGGGCACUUCUUGCUGACGCGGCUGCUGCUGGAGAAGAUGGCGGAGACGGCGAGGGCGACCGGCGUGGAGGGCCGCAUAGUGAACGUCUCCUCCUCCAUCCAUAGCUGGUUCGCCGGCGACGACGACGCCGUCGGCUACCUCGACCGCGUCACCCGCAGGAAGAUACCAUACGAUCCGACGAGAGCGUACGCUCUGUCCAAGCUGGCCAACGUACUCCACACCAAAGCACUCGCACAACGACUCAAGGAGAAGAAGGCAAACGUGACGGCCAACUGCGUCCACCCCGGCAUCGUCCGGACUCGGCUCAUCCGCGACCGCGACGGCCUCGUCACCAGUACCACCUCUUCUCUUCCUCUCCUUUCCGUUUUGAGAAGAGCUGCGUGCGCAUCAUCUGUUCUUCCGAGUAACUCGAUGAACACAUCUUCUAACAAGAUGAUCUCACGCCGACUGCAGAUACAGUGUUCUUCCUGGCGUCCAAGCUUCUCAAGACGAUUCCUCAGGCAGCUGCGACGACAUGCUACGUCGCCGUGCACCCGGCGGUGGCCGGCGUGUCCGGGAAGUACUUCGCCGACUGCAACGAGGCGGCACCGUCUAGGCUGGGCGCCAGCAGCGAGGAGGCCGCCAAGCUGUGGAGCUUCUCUGACGCCGUAACGGCAGAGAAGGCUCAGAAGAUGAGCGUUCAUGCCACUGGCUUCCGGCUCCAGGUUCAGAGUUCCAAUGCAGACUGCGGCAUGGCUUUCGCAUAGGAGAAUCAACAUUCAGAAAUUUUGAUCGUCGACGGUGUGCACUUGAUGAGAUGACAUAUCCUGAUAAAUACAAGUAGAUUAGUUUCAGAAACCAGAGGAGAUAGCAGUAGUAAAUAGUAAUACGGAAGAAAAGCAAAUAUGUAUUACAUAUAUAGUAUUAAGCCUGUAAAUUCAUAGCCAUAUGUAUACAAGUAUAUGCUAGUGUAUUCUGAACAUUGUCUGUAGCAGCAAACAUCAGCAUGUCAUAUGUUUCUGUUGAAGCAUGAGUAUAUUGACUAUCUUUCAU